GCCCGCGCGUGCGCAGGGAGGUCCCCGGCGCUGCUAGGGCGGCGUGCGCGCGGCGGCGCGACCAUGGCCUUGGAGGCGAUUCGCUACUCCCGGGGCUCGCUGGAGAUCCUCGACCAGCUACUGCUGCCCCAGCGCAGCUGCUACGAGGCGGUGGGCUCGGUGCGCCAGGCCUGGGAGGCUAUCCGAGCCAUGAAGGUGCGCGGCGCCCCAGCCAUCGCGCUGGUGGGCUGCCUGAGUCUCGCCGUGGAGCUGCAGGCGGGCGCGGGGGGACCGGGACUCGCCGCACUGGUGGCUUUCGUGCGCGACGCGCUGAGCUUCCUGGUCACCGCCCGGCCCACCGCCGUCAACCUGGCCCGCGCCGCCAGCCACCUGGCCGACGCCGCAGCCUUGGAGGCCGAGCGCGAGGGCGCCACGGAGGAGGCGGUCCGGGAGAGAGUGAUCCGCUGCGCCGAGGACAUGCUGGAGAAAGACCUCAGAGACAAUCGGAGCAUUGGGGACCUGGGAGCCCACCACCUACUGGAGCGGGUGGCUCCUGGCGGCGGCAGGGUGACCGUGUUGACCCACUGUAACACCGGCGCACUGGCCACUGCUGGCUAUGGCACGGCCCUGGGUGAGUGGGCUUCCAUGGGGAUGGGGACGGGCCCUUUUUGGAUGCCGGAGAAAGAAACCCUAGUCACUUGACCCACCAAAAAGAUGUAAAGAUUUUUUUUAAUAC